UGUGUACAUGCUGCUGACUACAACAGGCUGCGCGCUGAACUGUUACAGAGAGAGGAAACAAUAAAUCUCCGCUACUAUGCAAUAAAUAUCUCAACUUUUAACGAAGGGAACUAUCAUUCCAGUGAAAUAAAUUUAAUUUUUUUUUUUUUUUUUUUUUUUGGCUAAAGCUACAAAUGAAUCGUUUUCUAGGAUUCUUCUUUCAGGGCUGACUUCAAAAAUAAAACACCAAAAAGCAUUUUUUUUUUUUUUGCAUACAGUUAAAAACAACAACAAUACUGGUUAAAGAACGAAAGAAGACCUCACAGGGGGAGGUUAAAAAAAAAAAAAAGUUAUACAGAGGCAGAAAAGGAAGGUGCUGAUACCAUGACAGUUUUCCUCUCCUUUGCUUUCCUGGCUGCUAUUCUAACUCACAUAGGGUGCAGUAAUCAACGGAGAAGCCCGGACAGCAGCGGGCGAAGAUACAAUCGGAUUCAGCAUGGGCAAUGCGCCUACACCUUCAUUCUGCCGGAACAGGACACAAACUGCAGGGAGAGCACCACGGACCAGUACAACACCAAUGCGUUACAGAGAGAUGCUCCUCUCAUGGAACCGGAUUUCUCUUCCCAGAAACUGCAACAUCUGGAACAUGUGAUGGAAAACUAUACUCAGUGGUUGCAAAAACUUGAGAAUUACAUUGUGGAAAAUAUGAAGUCGGAGAUGGCUCAGCUACAGCAGAACGCUGUUCAGAACCAUACGGCCACCAUGCUCGAGAUAGGAACCAGCCUCCUUAGUCAAACAGCAGAGCAGACAAGAAAACUUACAGAUGUGGAGACCCAGGUUCUAAAUCAAACAUCUCGACUUGAAAUUCAACUGUUGGAGAAUUCAUUAUCAACUUACAAGCUAGAGAAACAACUGCUUCAACAAACACAUGAAAUCCUAAAAAUUCACGAGAAAAACAGUCUAUUAGAACAUAAAAUCCUAGAAAUGGAAGAAAGACACAAGGAAGAAUUGGACACUUUAAAGGAAGAGAAGGAGAACCUGCAAAGCUUGGUAACUCGUCAGACAUACAUUAUCCAGGAACUGGAGAAACAGUUAAACAGGGCAACCAGUAAUAACAGUGUCCUUCAGAAGCAACAGCUGGAGUUGAUGGACACAGUUCAUAACCUCGUCAAUCUUUGUACUAAAGAAGGUGUUUUACUUAAGAGUGCAAAAAGAGAGGAGGACAAACCAUUUAGAGACUGUGCAGAUGUGUAUCAAGCUGGUUUUAAUAAAAGUGGAAUCUACAGUAUUUAUAUUAAUAACGUGCCAGAGCCCAAAAAGGUAUUUUGCAAUAUGGAGCUUACAGGAGGAGGUUGGACAGUAAUACAACAUCGUGAAGAUGGGAGUCUGGAUUUUCAAAGAGGAUGGAAAGAAUAUAAAAUGGUUUAUUUGAUUUUUCUUUGUCCCAAUUUUAGGUUAUAUUUAAAGGGCCACAGUGGGACAGCAGGAAAACAGAGUAGCCUGAUCUUACAUGGUGCUGAUUUUAGCACGAAAGAUGCUGAUAAUGACAACUGUAUGUGCAAAUGUGCUGUCAUGCUUACAGGAGGCUGGUGGUUUGAUGCCUGUGGCCCUUCCAAUCUCAAUGGGAUGUUCUAUACUGCUGGACAAAACCAUGGAAAGCUGAACGGGAUCAAAUGGCAUUACUUCAAAGGUCCCAGCUAUUCCUUACGGUCCACAACAAUGAUGAUCCGACCCUCUGACUUCUGAAAGCACCCCAUAAGGAUAGAAGCCAACCAACAGACACGUUGAGCCGAACUGUUACCAGAUGACAGACUUCUUGUGCCAGCAACCAGAAGCACAGUCUGGACUUCCCUCCAGCCACACGGUAGUGACAUGGAAGCCCAAAUGUUUCUCUCCUUUGGUUUUAAGGUCUGAACAGACUCACCAACGUGUCUCCCCUUGGGCUGCUGAGCCUGAAUUUUUGGGCUAAAUGGAAUGUGCUUCCAUUCCACUUGACAAAAGAAAGAAAAAAGUUCACCUGCUGGGUUUCAUCUGCUACACCUGGAGCUCACCUUGGAAUAUAAGGACCAGAUAGCCAAUGCAUUUUAUUUCAUUGGAAAAGGCCAAAUAAAAAAUAGAGCAUUGACUUCAAAAUGAAGGACAAAAAUGAACUCACCAUUAUCCAUUAGGGAAAAAA